UUAUUUCUUGCUGUUGGCAAUACUGAUGCAUUUUUCGUUCAAUUCAAUUAAAUGUUAACGAAGAGUUCGUGAAAGAUUUCAAGCUUGGCGGCAUGCAAAAGUAGUAAACAUUUAAAAAAGUGCCAUAAAAAUAGUUUAAAUAAUAUAAUAAAUAAAAUGGAAUGCUUAGAAGAGCUGGGUUUGCUUUCGACAGAUGAACUGCUGGAGCAAUACUUUAAUUUACAUGAAAAAUAUACUAAAUUAAAAAUCGCAAACGAGCAUGACACGCAGCGCAUACAUGAAUUGAAGCGAAAUUUGGAAACUACUACGGCUAGUCAAGCUUAUCUCGAACAAGAAUUGGAACAGUUAAUAAAUAAUAGCAAAGUCGGCGAAGAGAACAAAACUCUACGUGCAGAAAUUGAGGAGCUCCGUCGUAAGCACAACACUGCGAAGAUAAAGCAAGACACCUUACAACAAGACUAUGAUGCAUUAUAUACUGAAAAUGACGAGCUACGUGAAAAGUUAAAAUACGUCGAUUUGGAAAGAGAAAAUAAAAAUAAGGACAAAUCACUUGAUAAUAUUGAACUAACAAAUGAAUAUGCUGAACGAAUUUCUUUGUUAGAACGGCAAAACGGUGAACUAUUGAAGAAACUGGUAGAAUAUGAAGAAUCAAAUGUGCAAUCAACACUAAGUAUAGCUGAGCGUGAAAAAAAUAUAGCAAUUUUACAGGAUCAAGUUCUCUGCUUGGAACAGAAUCUAAAUUGCAAGCGCGAUGAAUUAGAAGAGAAUGUACAACUUUUGGAAUGCACACAAGAGCAAUUAGCUGAGACCAAUGCCAAAUUAAUGAUGUUAUCAUCUGCACCAGAGAACGUCGAUCGCAAAGGAAACUCGCUAUUUGCUGAAGUUGAUGACCAACGUCAAGCUAUGAUGCAGCUUCUUAAUGCCCAGAAGAAAAGUUAUCUGAAAAUGAAAAAAAUUUAUGGUGAAAGUGAACAUGAAAUACGUCGUUUAAAGCGUGAGAACAUCGCCAUACACACUGAAUUGGAGGCUUGCUGUUCAAUAUUUUGUAAAGCGGAUAAAACCUAUCAAGAAAAACUCAAUGAACGUUUAGGACAUUUAAACCAACAGAAUGGCGAACUCGAGAUGAAGUACAAACAAUCGCUGGAGCGCCUAAAGGACUUGGCCAACGACAAAGGUGUUGUGUGGUUGGGCUCAAUGCUAGACUUUUGCAAAGAAGAAACCGACAAUGUUAGAAGUCAGUUGUACAGUGUACGUUUAAAAAAGGCAAGCUUGGAAGAACAAUUGCGUAACUCACAGCAGGAGAUGGCACGUUGGCGCUUUGAAACGCUUAAGCACCGUUGCAUUCUACUUGAUCGUGAAAAUUUAUUGACUGAAAAUAAUAUUGCAUUUAAGUCAGCUCAUAACUUGAGAUAUAAUAUAACUCAAGAGCAGCUCGAUUCCGCUAAACCAAACAUCACACAGACUGCUAAAUUUAAUACUGAAAAAAAUAUUGUCAAAAAUCUACAACUGCAAGACUUAAGAAACUUAAAUAUUUCUAGUCAUGAAGAAAACAAUUCACCUAAAAUGUGUGAAACAGGGUUUGACAAUGCACCUAAAAUGUGUAGAUCAAGGUUUGGUAUAGUUCCGGAAGUUGAGCAUCUAAAAAAUUAUAAUUCAAGUCCAACUGUAUAUGAAGAGAGCACUACAAAAGCAGAAUGUAGCGAUGUUUCAUCGUCUCCGAAUAUAACAAAUACGUCACUGACUGAAAAUCCCGACGUCACUCAACUUGAUCGAGUAAAAACCGAAAAUGAUGAAAAUGUAAAUCCAAUAAAAUUCAAUGUAACUCCGAAAAUUGCCAGAAAUCCAGAAACUGUCACUGCGACACCCACCUCACCCAAAACCACUUACUAUGCAAAAAUCGAUGAAGCCAGCUAUAAUAUGUUAAAGAUGAAUUUGACUCCUACAAGGCGUAAUUCUCCGCCACGGCGUUCUAUACUCGCUAAACAAAAUGAUUUCAUGAAACAAACAAAUAAAAAUGUUAAAUUUUCACAAAAUUUGGCACGCAUACACAAUGUUACUCCGUAUAAAAAGGAAAGUGAUGAAGCGACCAAUAAACAGUCAAAUGCCAAAUCCAAUGUAAUCGUGCGACGAAUUGUCGUGAGUGCUAAACAAAAACCGAACUGACUUGGGAAUAUCCAUUGUAUCAACAAAUACUUUUUAUAGUUUUAUUUAAUUAUGUUCUAUUUCUUAUUUCAUUUAUUUACAAAGCUACACAUAC